UAGUACUGAUUGAUACUUACUUUUUGGGACAAUUAUGAGAAACUUGACGAAACUGCUAAAACAGGCAGCAGCCGACAAAUAUAUUCAAGGUAACUUUAACGAAAGAUGGGAAAUUUUAGAGCCGUUAGGAAGAGGUAGCUUUUCGAAAGUUAGCAUUGCUAUGAGAAAGAAUUCUGCCUCUUCAAAUACAACACAAAAUAAUGAUACUGAAUUUGCAGCAGUAAAAACGAUAGAUAAGAAAACUAUAUAUGAAGGAUACGAUAGCGAAGUUUUAUUGGCAAGAGAAGUGAAAGCUUUACGUUUGGCUGGAAAUGGGAAUAACUUUGUCGUUGAUUUAUAUGAAGUGAUUGAAGAGAAAGAUAAAGUUUACAUUGUUCAGGAGUUACUACGGGGUGGCGAAUUGUUUCAAAGAAUAGUUAAUUGUGGUUUCUUUGACGAAAUUCACGCUAGUCGAUUAGCUUACAGCAUGGUUGCUUCUAUCGCGCACUGUCACUCGGUUCAUGUUGUUCAUCGAGACCUGAAACCCGAAAAUUUUGUCUUUGAGAAUGAACAAGAAAAUUGCAAGCUAAAAUUAGUUGAUUUUGGCUUAGCUAACAUUAUGGCUUCGGAAAAUGUUGCGUUUUAUACGUUGUGUGGUUCUCCUUCGUACAUUGCUCCGGAGAUUUUGUUUCAACAAGCGUAUACCUCAAAGGUGGAUGUCUGGAGUUUGGGUAUCAUAAUCCAUAUUCUUUUAAGUGGCCAUGCACCAUUUGAACAUCGAGAUGAGAAAGUAUUAUUUCAUAAGAUUAAAUACGAUCAAGUUGAGUUUAGAGGCGGUUCCUGGACAGACAUAUCGGAUGAAGCAAAGGAUUUGGUCUUAAAGAUGUUGACGAAAACUCCACAGUCUCGACCAGAUAUUUACUGGUGUUUGCAACAUCCUUGGAUACUAAAGGGUCAAAGAUGCUAUGAAAACGCAGUCGUAUCACCUAGCCUCAAGAAUACAUUGAGGAAUCUCCGGAAUUUCGAUGCAAGAGAGAAGUGGGAAGAGGCAAUUUCAAAAAUUAGAAAAGCCAAUAGAUUGGCUCACUUGGCAGAAUUGCACGAGAGGAUUCUCUCAGCGACUAUGGAGCCAGACGAGUCUCAUGGCCCCAAGUUUGAUGUUUCGGAAGUUGAGGAGCGAUCCAUGACUUUAUUUGAAGAGACUCGUGAAGAAUAUAUGACAGGAGAAGAUUUAAAUGAAGAAGAACAAGAAGAAGAAAUUAUAGGAAAGCCUUCCAACGAGUUGAACCAGGCCGAGACAGCAUCUAGAUUUGAACAUUUUCUAGGAAGGAAGCCACCUUCAAAAGAGAAGGAGUCGCAGAAGGUCAAGUAUCAGGAUACUUCAGUUUCUUGUGGGCUUUGUGUGUUGCAAUAGUGGUUCUUGAAAACUUCUAAAAGCCGAUGCCAAGUAAUACUUUUAAGAUAGUCACUGGAAUGACAAGACUCUUUUAUGAGUGUAACAUUGUUACAUGACGUAAGUGGAAUGCGACUCCGGCACAAACGAAGAAUUAUCAUGUUGUUGAGACAUUUUAGCAGUCUUGUAAUUUCUAGACAAACGCCUAAUGAGAAUAUUCCUAAAGUGAACGCGAUGCUUGGAGUCUCGAUAUGAAGAAUUUCGUUGUAGAUUUCUGGAGAGCUUUUCGUUUCUUAAUUCAUUUGUUGCUCUCUUUAUUUGACAAGGCAAACAGCAUAUUUCAAUUCGUGACUUUACCUUGUCAUAAACAAAAUGCUUCUUGUAAUCAUGAUAUGUAGAAUAUAGGAUAAGAAUAUUACAGUUGCUUGGCUUUUGAUUUCAAGUUUUGCAAUUUCAUAGUGUUUUGU